AUAAAUACGGCUGCGCGCAACGCACAGUUAGACAUCUUCCAAAAAACGAAAGGCACAGAGUAGCAUUCGUGGGAAUUCAGUCCGGCGCCUUUUCACCUGCAAAUUUUCUCUGAACUGCUCUUUAUUACAUAUUCCAAUUUAAUACUCAGAACAUGUUGGCUAUGCGUGGAUUGAGGCACGUAGCUGUGGCAGUGGCUGUGUGCUCGCUGCUCGUUACGGUGACGCUGGGGUCCCCGGUGGUGGGGUCAGAACCGAUCCGAUGCGCCCCGUGUACCCCGGAACGACUGAGCCAGUGUCCGGCGGUGGCACCCGGUUGCGCCGAGGUGCUGCGGGAGCCCGGAUGCGGAUGCUGCCUCGCCUGCGCCCUGAAGGCGGGGGAGCUGUGCGGGAUCUACACCGCACCGUGCGGCUCCGGAUUGAGAUGCACCCCGAGACCCGGCGACCCCCGGCCACUGCAUUCCCUCACCCGCGGACAGGCCGUAUGCACGGAGAGCGCUGCGCCGGCGCCCACCCCGGAGCCCCAGACUCAAGGUAGGCCUCCCACGUCCACGGUCACAUAUCCCACAGCCGCACCGCUGGAAUCAGACGAGUUCUUCAUAUAUGUUUUCUCAUUAAUUCAUUCAUUCAUUUGCUUGUUUCCUCCUCCAGACCAGGGAGAGCCAGACGCUGAGAUGGACAACUCAGCCAUCACCGGCUCCAGCUACCUCCCCGGUCUCCCCUUUGACCCGCGGGCUGUGACUGAGGCUCAGGAGAGCAUGAAAGCCAAACUCAUCGCCAUUCGCAGGAAACUGGUGGAGCAGGGUCCUUGUCAUCUGGAGUUGGUGACUGCUUUGGACAAGAUUACCAAAUCCCAAGAGAAACAAGGAGAGAAGUUCACCAAAUUCUACCUCCCCAACUGUGACAAGCGUGGCCUUUACAAACCCAAGCAGUGUGAAUCAUCUCUGGAUGGACAAAAGGGCCGAUGUUGGUGCGUCAACACCUGGAAUGGCAAGCUUUUAAGUUCCAGUGACCUGCCUGCAGAUGCCGAGUGUCCUUAAAGAGAUUGGUCCGAUCUCACAGUGAAAGAGAGAAAAAAAGAAGAAGAAAAAAAAAAAGAAACGAAGAAACGAAAAAGCAAGCCACUAUUUUUCCUUUUUUUGGGUAGCUGUUAUUUAUUGACCUUGUCCAUGGUGGUGUUUAAUUCAGGUACACUGUCAUUACGGGGCUAUAGGUCCCAACCACCCUACACCCUAAACCCCCCUUCCUCUGCAAACCUCCAUCCCAAAGACACAAAGAAAAUCUAUUUUUGUUUUUUCUGUAAAGGAGAUUUUAAUGUCAAUGCAUUUACAUUAUGCUCUAUAGCCUUAUUUAUUUUAUUGCUUUUUAUUUGUUAUUUGUAAUUAUUCAUGAGUAUUUAUAUCUUUUUUGCCUUAUUGUUAUUAUCUUAUUAUUUUUAUGAGUGUAUAAAGUGUAUAUAUGUAUCUUGGCCCCCACAGCUCCACAGCUGAGUUGAGCUCGCUCUACCCUUAAGGAGCUGUCUGGAGGUUUGGUUUGAGAAAAACCGAGCAAGAACAAAAGCACUGAAUGACCAAAUCUCAUUUAGAAGUUUUUCUAAAUGAUCUUCUUAUUCCUUUUCACUUCAUGACUUUUUUUAUUUUUUAUUAUUUUUGUAUUGUUUUCUUUUUUUUUAUUUAAUAAAAUUAUACAUCAGUUUCUGUAAGUGAAUGCAAAAGCUCUCAGUUGGGAAUCCUCUACACUCUCAGAAAUCAUUUCCCAUGAUCCCAUGGGUUUGCAGAUAACGUGAUGGGUGGCAAUUCUCCCGAGCCUCCUCUCAAACGGGUAUCUCUACAUUAACCUACCUCCAAUAUUUACGUGUCUGCUGUCAUUUUUUUUUUUUUUGUUGAUGUUUCUGUCCUCUUUGACCACAUGACCACAAAGAGUGAGCUGCUUGACUCGGCUCUGUAUACAUGCUGCUGUUGGAGAGAGAAUUGUAUUUUAUGUGGAUCUAUUCCAAAGUGACUAACUCUAUGUACACUUUUGUUACUGACAUGUAAUAAAAGAAAAAAGGUGAUAUAUUUAAUAAAAACAUUAAUCUCA